AUGCCUCGAAUGAUUUUCAGUUACCACGCUCAAAUCGAAUUAGGAAUCAAAUAUACUCAGCUUCCUGUUAAUAAAUCUACUCUAGACUUCAAGCCUGCUCGUGCGCUGUGGUCGAAAGUCUUUGAGGAUGGCGCCAAAGAAUAUUUCGUCAAGAACGUCAGCGGACAUCUUGGGAACGUCAGUCUCGAUCGCAUCAAGACGGAUCAAGUGGCUAUAUUCUUGGCCGUCGACAAAGAUUCAGGUAACAGAGUGGCUAAGGCAAUCAGUCUUAAAGAUACACCUGAGCCUUACAAACCCGAGCCUCCAGCUCAAGCAACUAAGUUUGCUCCGAACUUGAAGUCUUCGGGUCAAAUGAUCUUUGAAAAUAGCAUUCCAGCUUAG